AUGCUAUCAUCAUCCUCAUCGUCUUCAUCUAGCAUCGCUGCUCCAUCAACUCAACAACCACAACCACCACCACAACAACCACCACAACAACAACCACCACAACAGCAGCAGUCACUGCAUAAUUACGAAGUCAGGUCCAUCUUGGACACAAGUAGUAUCACCAGCGAAAAUAGCAGACCACCAACUACGAUCGCGUCGUCAGUGUCCAUACCAGGACUAUUGAUAACAUCAUCAAAUGAAGAAACAACAUCACCAACACAGGUAGUGCUGACUAUUGAAAAAUCCCUCCUAACUGCUACUUCAUCAUGCACAAGCAUGAAUCCACACAAGUCGUGCAAGAGAUCAUCGUCGUCUUCAAAUGAUCUAUUGUACGAAAGAGACAGAUUCAGGGCUCGGCUUAGAAGUUUCAACGUUUCGUUCCCCGAUCAUGAGACAGAUGAUGAUACUUGCCACCACCAUCACCAUCUCCAUUACGAGCGCAAACAUCACCAGCACCAAACUGAACCUAAAGAUGGAUCUGUCCCCCCAUUGAACUAUUGUGCUUGCCAAAACGAACCAGCUUCUCUUGAAGGUGAUGCAAAUCCAUGCGAUGUGUGCGAUGGAAUCGGGUUCAAAACGACCAAAUUAACAAUGGGACACCCUGAAGAGGUUAAGACCUUGGCGGACAAUUUCAAAUUUGAACACUUGACAUUGGUACAGCUUCGGCAAAUGUUUGACAAAUAUUUUAAUUCAGAACUACCGCCCACAAAUGAGAUGUUUCCUUGGCUUCAUGGACUCCAUGAUGAUAAUUUCGCGCAACGAUCGUUCUUUUUGCACCAGCAACAGCAACAACAACAGAAAUUGGGUCUUGGGAUGAACAAUGUAUUCAUGGACUACAAGACUGCAAAACCGCAAAGUUCCAGUUUCUUGAUGUGUGUCACUGAUGGAACUUGUCCCGUGGAGUUGCACAACACGGUUCGGUUAUUUGAGGUUUUGCAAAAGAUUGAUGUCUCCAAACUGGAAAUUAGAGAUAUAAUUGCAUUGAUUUGGAAAAGUGUGGACCAUGAAACAUUAUUGAAAGGUGAACAAUUGAGUUAUAUUGAGGAAGAGGAAAUGAUUGACUUGUUGACUGCUGAUUGUAUCAAGCUCAAUGUGGUUCCUUUCUUCUUAAACUUGGAUCCCGAUCGUGGGAUCUCUUUACGGAACUUCCAAAUACAAGUUGCCAAGUUGUCUACAUGUUCCGAUUUUGUUGUUUAUGGGUCAGAUUCCGGGGUGUUGCAAUCCAUUGCUAGGGUCCUUUGGCUAGCACAAAGGGAUGAGGAACAGUCUUCGGGGAUAACUGUACCCGAAAGGAAAGUUUACAUACUAGAUGAACAUUUGGGCAAUGCGUAUGAGCAAACAAGUACUACUUCAUUGAAUGCUCCACUACGGUCUUUUUUCCAUUUUUCCAAACUUUCAUCGACAAAUUUACAUUAUCAACUAAAAGAUCCUUUGCUUUUAUGGGAUAACAAUUUCCAACUACGAGAAAAAGUUGAAACGACGUUGAUGUCAACCGCAACAAAGAUUUGUCAAAAUGUGUAUGUGGGUAACUUUUGGGAUCAUCAAAUCAUGAUUCACUAUCUACAGCAAAAGAAAAGUGUAACGACACUGGAAACACGAAAAUCCUCUAAACCAGUUACCCCAUACAGCAGUCCAGCCAAUUCAAUCAUGUCUCAAUCCAAUUGUAAACUGUCUCAAGAUUACAUCAACCUAUUACCACGUCCAAAGUCCAAUUACAAAUUGUUUCUCCAUUGUCACUCGGACGCUUCAUUCCCAGAUUUGGGUGAACUUGGUGAACUAUUGUUUCGAUACACGAUAUCCUCGCACGAAAGUCAGGAUACUGACGAACACCACCAACUACUGUUUCCACCACUGGGAUCCAUUGGGAUCGGCGACUGCAAACGUGACAAUCUUCGACUGAUUGUCAAUACCUGCAAACUAAUCUACUUGUACUCGUCGUCAAUGUCACCUAGAGGAUUGGGCACAUUGAUUUAUUGCUCUGAUGGGUAUACCGAAUCGUCAUUGCUUGUGUUGUGUUAUAUGAUGUAUGCCUUGAACUUGCCCUUGGACGAAGUGAUGCUUCAGUUGCAUUGUUUUUACGAACGGCCUUUUUAUAUCUUCAAUAGUGAUGUUGUUAUUUUGCGCAAAUUGGAGCCGUUGUUGAGGAAAUAUAGCCCCCUCGUUAAGCAACAAGGUGGUGUGAUGAAUUGGGGCGAGAUGGAGGAAAUAUCGUCGGCUGAAAUCAAUGAGAUCUUGUUGGGUGUGCCUAAAAAGAAUUCCAAUGCCAAGCUCGGGUAUAUUUUCAACUCUGAUGAAGAAGAAGAAGAAGAAGAAGAUGAUGAUGAUGAUUCUUCAUUGAGUGAAGGCGACUCGUCAAGUAGUUCUGAGGAAGGAGAAGAAGAGGAUGAAGAGGAUGAAGAGGAUGAAGAUGCGGAGAUGAAGAAAUUUGCAAUUGAUUGGGUCAAGGAAGUUGAAGGCUCAAUUCCAUCCAAGAUUCUCCCGUAUCUAUACCUCGGGUCCUUGAAACAUGCGCUGUGCUUACCGUUGCUCAACAAGUUGGGUAUCAAAAAAGUUAUUUCUGUAGGUGAGAGUCUUCCAUGGUUGAACGGAUACAAAUUCCGCAAGUACAAUGAUACAAUAGUUGAUCAGGACAAUGAGGAUAUUGAGAUUAUCAACAUCCUUCCAAAACAAAGACACCACCAUCGUCAUCGUCACAAUCUGAAGUUGCACUGGAACACAACAAUAGAUACAAUAAUGAAGGUGAAUAAUUUAGAAGAUGACGGGAUUGACGAAUUAUCGCAACAGUUACCCAAGAUCUUGGACUUUAUCAAUGAAGAAUACGUCAAGACACAAGGAAAUACCAAAAUAUUGGUGCAUUGUCGAGUCGGCGUGAGUCGGAGUGCGACUGUUGUCAUAGCUGAGAUUGUCAAAAGGUUCCAAGUGAGUUUACCAAUGGCGUAUCUUUAUGUGAGAGUUAGGAGAUUAAACAUUAUCAUUCAACCGAAUUUGAGAUUUAUGUAUGAGUUGUUUAAGUGGGAGCAAGAACUAAAACAGGCAAGAUUGAAGAAUGGAAAAGAGGAGGACAAUUUUGGUAGUCGAGGGGAAAUGGAGUCCUCAUUAGCGAGGUAUCAUGACGGUACUCAUUACUUGCGUGAGAUUGAUUGGUUUAUCAUGUGUCGUGAGAUUAUGAAGUUGAAUUUACCAUAUUUGAACAAUUGA